CAUGUCUCCUCGAAAUGGAAUUAUUUCCAAUCGUUUCUACUUCACAUUGGUCGGAUUGAUAUUGAUAACGCCAUCUGAGGGUUUCGUCAGAUCGCACAAUUGCCCUGGAAGCCCGCAAUACGUGAAGUCCAGUAAACGUUACACAGAGAUUGACAUUGUUACACGUGCUAGGUCUAAUCCGAGUAACUGUACUUGGAUCAUAGAACGAGAUGACUGUAACGGUGUUGGGGUAGAGGUUGACGUCCAGGGAUUGGCCCGUCGUAACGACUAUUCCCUACACAUCAACAUCUACGAUGGAUUGUCUUCAAUGUACCCAACCAUUGCAACGUAUGUCAAACACCGAUAUAGCAAUAGUGAGAGAAGCUUUGGGCCAAGACGGUCGUCUGGAAGAUUUUUAACCAUAGUGUUUACAGUCCGGGGUGAUCACUACAGUCAGCGUAAUUUUCAGUUCCGUUAUCGUAAUACACCCAAAGGUCUGUUGCCUUCGGACACAGAAAAUGGAAAGAUUGAGAAUUCCGUUUCUGAUACGUGUGGAGAUGAAUUCCUAAUUGCAUACCAAACACCGAACGUUGUCACAUCUCCAGGAUACCCUCGAGAAUACGGCAACUCACUGGACUGUAAGUGGACGAUAAAAUCUGAUGACAUCUGCAAUGAUGACGUCAUACAUGUCACAAUCCAUUCUUUUUCACUAGAGGAAACGUACGACCACCUUGUCAUCUACAACGGUGAUACCGCGUUUGACCCCGUGUUGAUCAAGUUAUCCGGAAAUGUGGAGCCUCAGUUGAUCACGUCUUCUGGAACCUCAAUUGUUAUCGAGUUUAAGACUGACGACACAGCAUCAGGACGAGGCUUUCAUUUGUCAUACACCCGAAUGAGGCCGACUCCUACACUGUCAGAGUCGGUAGCUAUCAAAAUGACCGAACGCUCGGCGGACUUGUCAGUGGAUUUCACAUCGAGUACACCACACCGUAAGGUGUAUUGGAGUAGAAAUGACGUCAUCAUUCACCAAGACGAAAAACACAUAUUCACCGUCACCCCAGCUAAGGUUAGAAUGGAGCCGGAGACUGACGUCACCGUGGAGGGAUUCACAGCCAAGCUCAUAAUAACGAACCCAGAUUCACAAGAUAUUGGCAUGUACAAAAUAGCAGUCGUGAACGAGUUUGGUGUUGGAGAACGUACUGUCAAUCUUAGAAGAAAUUCAGUUCCUGUUGUACAGAAUUAUGCCGUGUUUCCAGAAAAUGCUUCGAUUACAGUCACUUUUGCUGCAUACCCAAACUUCAAGGCUGAAUGGUACAAGACACAACGCAUCCUCGCUUCCGGAAGUGACGUACAUAUAACAACGGAGUUUGUUGAAAAUUAUGAAAACGGAAAUGACGACAUGGCCAUUUAUAAAUCCGUUCUGAGUCCAGCAUUCCCAACAGAGAAUGACUACGGGGAAUACAGGUUUAUAAUCAGGAACGAUUUGGGGACGUCCGAAAUUUACAUACACAUGGAUUUCCCCGCAUCAGAACUUCCAAAAAUAUUGGCGACUCCUUCACCCGUGAAGCUAAGUAACAGAAAUCUGACUCUUUCGGUGAAUUUUGACUCAAAUAUCGCGUAUCCAACGAUAAAAUGGUAUCAUGGAGGCAAUCGCUUGGAGAAAUCAUCCAAAUACCGUCCCUAUGCGAAAUGGCAAGGGAUUUCCGCCCAGGAUUGGUCCACAAACGGAUAUCCGGUUGCUGUAACUUUAACAGAGUUCAAACGCAUUUCAACAACACAUCAAGGUCACACUAACAAUAGUAGCAAUAGUAAUGGCUAUGACUGCCCUACCAUCGGCGGUGAUAGAUCGUCAACACAACCUGCUUCUAGCUAUGUUGCUAUGCUUACUAUAUCUGACGUAACUCCCGAGGACUUUGGCGUCUACCGUGUAGUUGUAGAGAAUGGCGCUGGGAUAUCGCGCCACGUUAUUGACGUCAUCGCGCCGGAAGUAUUUCCUCAUGUCACGUGCAACCAGGCGGACACAAUAAGACUUACAUGUAACGUCACUGCCUGUUCUUCAAGUAACCAAUCCUGGAUUCAUUCCUACGAUGGUGAGACCGUUAGGUACCUUCCCGGGCAUCAAGAUGGAUCAAUCAACACUCUGACAAUCCCUCUGUGCAUGCAUUCGGACGCAGGCACUUACACGUGUGUUGCUACGGAAAAAGAAACCGGAAAUGACGUGGCUAUUCAGCAUGAUAAAACUACACUCACAGUUAGAGCUGUCCCUGUGAUUCUCGAAUCCACUGUAGACAUCAUGAGAAACACCUUACACAUUGAAGUACCAUUCUUUUCUUAUCCUCCUCAUCACCGAAUCACUUGGUACAGAAAUAGAGACCAGAUCAGUUCAUCUUCUAAAAUCACCAUGGUAACAAAAUCACGUGACGUGGUUCUACCGAUGCAUGGAAAGACAUGUAGACAGGCGGGUCACGUGACCUCUAUCACAUUGUCCUCACUAGAUGGAAGAGACUUUGGGAUAUAUAAGAUUACAGUCUCAAAUGAAAUGGGAAUUUCCGAGCAUAUCAUCGAAGUUCAAAAUCCUGAGUAUGCCAAUCCUGUAUCUUCAAAUCACGUCAGCGUUUCACAUGAUGGCGGAUCUGCAAUACUCCGUGUAGUCUUCUUCUCCUACUACAACAAAUUCAGUGUGGAUUGGUCCUUUAAUGGAAAGGAGGUGCGGGAAAAUCAUCCUGUCAAUAAAUACGAAAUUGAGACUGGUUCCUCCACUUUUUCCUACAGUGAUGAUACAGUUGUGAGAAUCAUGCGUGAGCAAUCUACCACCCUCACUGUCACGUGUGUUUCAGAUGAGGAUUACGGGAGGUAUGACGUCGUUGUGUCAAAUAAGGCGGGAAAAGCAGUAAUCCCAGUGUGGUUAGCGAAACCUGACCAAGGUGUUCCUGAGAUCGUAGGGGAUAUUGUUACAGACGUCAAAAAUUCAACAGGGGAGAUAAAUGCGACAUUCUUAUCCUCGCCAAGUUAUACAUUCAUCAGAUGGUUAAAAGAGGGUAAGGAAAUAGAAAAUGAUUCUUCUAAAUAUAGGAUCUUAAACGAGAACAUCGAUAUUGAUGUCCCCUCCGAUGGGGAAACAAUGGCGAAAAUAGGAACCAUAACGAGGCUGAGUGUGACGUCACUCGAGGACAAAGACUAUGGGCGCUACACAGUUCAAAUCUUCAACAAAGUUGGAAUGACUGACAGAUCUGUGAAACUGGACGAAGUAUGCACGCUAUAACCUUUAAAGUAAUGUGGUGUUGGCAUCAUGAGGAACUAAUGAGAAAAUUCUACCGCAAAGACUCUGAUAACAAUGAAACUCCCGAGGCGGAUUUUCAGCUGUUCCUGAAAUACAACGAUAAACACCACAGCUACAAUAUGUAGUGUUGACUGUCUGUAUCUAUACUGUUACGUAUAACCUCAUUUAUUCUGUUAUUUUAUUUGUCACUUGAGCAGUGCAUUCUGUGCUUUAUACUGUUCUGCGUGUACAGUUAUUGUUGUGAAACAUUUUUGCGGAGGAAGUGGAGGUAAGGUCCAGAUAAUGGACGCCGUGGUCGACUCCAUCACCGAAGCAGUUCCUACGUUACUGAUACCGUUAACAAAGCACAACAUUAGCAACAAUAUGAUACUGUAUAGUUGUUAAAGUUCAGGGGCUGAUAUUUGCCCAGUUAUUCCAGAUAUAUAUUUUGAUCUAUGUUAAUUGUUUGGUGGGUAGUUAAUCUCGCGUAAUGUAAGAUGGCCGCGAAUAAAGCGAAAUUCAUAUCCCUUAAAUAUUACCCAUUAUAAAGUAUAUUGCUAAUCUGAGGUUGUAAAACAACACUUUUGUUAAAGAUGAAUUGUUUACCUUUGUCUCCUUUACUGAUCAUGCAGUCAGAAAUCAUUUCAGACUGAUUUGGCAGUGUGCCAUAACCAUGACGGUUUUUAUUCUUUAUCAAGUCUUUAUCAGGUCUUUAUCAGGUCUUUAUCAAGUCCAGCAAUCUGUCUAAUGAUAACAAAACGGUGAUAGUUCGGUGGCAAUUGUCGCUUCCUGUCAAGUAAAAUUGGAGAUAUUAUUUUUUUUUUCUAAAUCACUUCAAGAAAAUUUCAAAUAUUUAUUCCUUUUCCAAAACCAAAUGUACAUUAAAUGUAAACUUUCUUAAAUCAUUACCUAGAGUAACAAUAUGUUUAAUACUGACUUAGAAUCUAUAGUGUGUAAUAUUGAAUGAGACCUUUACUGAGUGAGUUUUUUUAUUAAUUCAUUGUUUUUGCUUGAAAUAUUAUCAAUAAU